CUGUCGCAAUGCGGUCACACUGGUUCGCGGACACAACAAGAUGGCGAGACUUGCCCCCGAAAUCUGUUAGAAAACGCCACAAGAGCAGAUAAUUAAUAGAGUUUUCGAGCAGAAAAGAGUCCACCGCAGUGCCGGGCAGACGAGGCGCAUUUUGCAGAGUGUAAGCUAGGCCGGCGUGGCCAGAGAGUCGCUACAGGCGAUACCUUCUGCUGGCCUUGCCUUGUUGUUGUUGCUCUUGCUGCGCCUGUGUGUGUGUGUGUGCGUGGGCUGGCAAGACUACCAAGAAUCGCGAGGUUCUCGGGAUUUUCAAGAUGAUGAGCAACUACGGCAACAUAAUGGACUCCCCAAAGUCAUCGCCCCACGGCGGCGGACGAUCACCCGUGGUUGCGCGCCAGGACUCGUCCGGCACCCUGAAAACGACCAUUUCGCUUGGCAAAACCCCAACGAUCAUUCACACUGGGCCAUUCUACUCGAUGAAGGAACCACCCGCCAAGGCGGAACUCACCGGCGACAAGGAUCUCAUGACCGAGUACGGACUGCACCACACACUGACCAAGUUCAAGGAAAAGAAGUUCAAGGAGUCGCUGGCCUCGUUCCUGCAAAACAUCCCGGGCAUCAAUGACCUCAUCACGCAUCCCGUCGAAAACAGCACGCUGCGGAGUGUUAUCGAGAAGCCCCCGAUUGGCGGCAAGGAGCUCCUACCAUUGACGCCCGUGCAGCUGGCCGGAUUCCGCCUGCAUCCCGGACCGCUGCCGGAACAGUAUCGAACCACAUAUGUCACACCUGCGCGAAAACACAAAAACAAACACAAAAAGCACAAACACAAAGACGGCGUAACCACGGGACAGGAAUCAACGCUGCUCGAUUCGGCCGGCCUGGAGACUUACGAGAAGAAGCACAAGAAGCAGAAGCGUCACGAGGACGAUAAGGAGCGCAAAAAGCGCAAAAAGGAGAAGAAGCGCAAAAAGAAGAACCAGAGUCCGGAGCCGGGAGUGGGACUGCUGCCCGGAGGAGCGGGCUUGGGUGGAGCAGUGGGUGUUAUGGGCGCCACCAAUCUGGGAUCGCUGGGCGGAGGUCCUGGCCCCGGAAUGUCCAACCUGGGGGCGAGCAUGGGUCCCGGCGUUGUGGGCGGCAUGAACAGCUUUUCCUCGUCCAUGCAGAUGCAGCAACAGCAUCAGCAGCAAAUGCCCAUGCAGCAGCAGCAGAUGUCAAGCGGCGGUCUCCUCGGAUCUGUGCUGGGCACGAGCGGCGGUCCAGGCAGCGGAGUGAGCGGAGGGGGAGGCGGGGGUGUGGGGAGCGGCGGCGGCGGUGGCAGCCUGCUAAUGUCGCAGUUCUAGGCAGGAUCCUUUAGCAAAAUAGACUUGGCUCAUUACCUCUCAUCAGCAGACGCACCCCAGAUGGCAACACAAACAAAAAACAAAAUAAACGCAGACGGACUUGCAGCGGUCCUCUAAACGCAA